CAUCGAUCUCGAGAGCGUGACCUGGGACGACUCCCUCAUUGAUGCUCUUGAAUUCCUUUCCAAAUCCGUUCUUCAGGUUCCCUUCUUAAUCAUGUCGCUGAUGCGAUACAUCACCCCUACUCUGGAUGAAAUGUAAGUCAGCCCUUCUUUAGCAGCAGCGUGAACUCAUGUGUUGAUCGUUAAGCUUCAUGGAGUCAUUGAAAUGGGUGGACUCAACUUAUGUCGACAAGCACAAGGCGGAGGACCCCAACACUCUGCGCGCCAUGUACUAUCCGAACCUGUCACUGUACUCAACCGCAGAUGGCAAGGUCAAGUCCACUGAGCCGAGGAAGCCGGCAAAGGAGAGAAUUUUUCUGUUCCUUCGGAGGUCUGGACAAAGAGCGGCCUUGCUUUUGGGCGUGUCUAUCCUAUCGCUUGUGCCCGUCGUCGGACGCUUUGCAACGCCAGUUGCCUCGUUCUAUGCCUUCAAGGGUGCUGUGGGAACCACCCCUGCCGCAAUCGUCUUCGGGGCUGGCUUAAUUUUCCCGAAAAGCUACGUCGUUUCCUUCCUUCACAGCUUUUAUGCGUCUCGUACGCUUAUGCGUGAGAUGCUCGAUCCGUACUUUAGCCGCGUCCCCUUUACCCAUGAGCAGAGAGCACGUUGGUUUGCCGACCGUGAGGGCGUUCUGUUUGGCUUCGCCUUUGCUUUCACUGUUGUGUUGAAGACCCCCUUCAUUGGGGUUCUUCUUUAUGGAGUGGCACAGGCAGCCACGGCGUAUCUCGUCACCAAGGUCACGGACCCCCCGCCGAGCCCUGCUGAGAAGGAGGGAUUUGCUGAGACCCAGGUUACCUGGAAGAACAAGCAUGAGUUUCUGAAGCUGUCGUUGGAUAACAUCGACCAGCUUAACAAAGCGCAGGAGGAGGAAAAGCCGAGUGCGCCCGAGGUCCCUGGUCGGAAAUUCGCUUGAGGUCAGAAAUUCGAAGGAGAGCUAGGAAGGGGGUAUCUCCCAAGCUACAAAAGUUGAUCGUGGAAGUCAGCCGAGAAAAUAUAUUCAAGUGUGCUGGACAUUGCAUUUUGUGUCCUGUUUAUCGGGCUUUGGUAUUGUUGUUAACAUAGACAGAAAUGAGACGGGGCCAUCUUUCCCCGCUGAUAAGCGUGGUAGUGAUGAUAA